AAGUCGUCCAAAAUAGUUUCCAUAGCUGAGCGCUUGACAUGAAGUAAACAAAAUUUGCCCAAAAUUCUAAUGAGUUUUCGCAUUCCUUAAAAUUUGUGGUGUUUGUGUGUUAAAUUCGAAAUUUCGCCAAGAUGAGGGAGUGUAUUUCGGUCCAUAUCGGCCAAGCUGGGGUGCAAAUCGGCAACACAACGUGGGAAUUAUACUGUCUGGAACACGGAAUUCAGCCCGAUGGCUGUCUCAAAGACCAGAAGGACAUCGUCUCGGACAACUGCUACGGGACGUUUUUCUACGAAGUGGAAAAUGGCAACAUGGUGCCAAGGAGUCUUAUGGUUGAUUUGGAACCCACCGUUGUCGAUGAGGUCCGAGUCGGCAAAUACAAACAACUCUACCACCCGGAACAACUCAUCACCGGUAAAGAAGACGCCGCCAACAACUACGCCCGAGGCCACUACACCAUCGGCAAAGAAAUGAUCCACAUCGUGAUGGACAAACUCUCGAAAAUGGCCGAACAAUGUUCGGGCCUGCAAGGCUUCCUCGUGUUCCACUCGUUCGGGGGCGGCACCGGUUCCGGUUUCACCUCACUCUUGAUGGAAAACCUCUCGGACGAGUUCGGCAAGAAGAGCAAACUCGAGUUUGUCAUCUACCCGGCCCCCCAGGUGUGCACGGCGGUCGUGGAGCCCUACAACUCGAUUUUGACGACUCACACCACUCUGGGACACACCGACUGCGCCUUUAUGGUGGACAACGAGGCCAUUUACGACAUUUGUCGCAAGAAAUUGGGCAUCGAAAGGCCGAAUUACAUCAAUUUGAAUCGAUUGAUAAGCCAAGUGGUGUCGUCGAUAACGGCAAGUUUGCGCUUUGACGGGGCUUUGAAUGUGGAUUUGACGGAGUAUCAGACGAAUUUGGUGCCGUAUCCGAGGAUACAUUUCCCUCUGGCGUCGUAUGCGCCGGUGGUGUCCUCCGACAAGGCCUUCCAUGAGGGGAUGUCGGUGUCGGAGAUCACCUCCGAGCUGUUUGAGUCGUCGAAUCAGAUGGUCAAGUGCGACCCACGCCAUGGGAAGUACAUGGCGUGCUGUCUCCUCUACAGAGGGGAUGUGGUCCCGAAGGAUGUGAACGCGUCCAUAGCCCAAAUGAAGACCAAGGCCAAUAUAAGGUUCGUCAAUUGGUGUCCGACAGGGUUCAAGGUCGGGAUUAAUUACCAGCCGCCGACGGUGGUGCCCGGGGGUGAUUUGGCGAGGGUGCAGAGGGCGGCGUGCAUGUUGUCCAAUACGACAGCGAUCGAAUCGGCGUGGAAUAAGUUGAAUAAGAAGUUUGAUUUGAUGUUUGCCAAGAGGGCGUUUGUGCAUUGGUACAUACAUGAGGGGAUGGAAGAAGGGGAGUUUAAUGAGGCGAGGGAGGAUUUGGCUAUGUUGGAGAAAGAUUAUGAGGAGGUUUCGAUCGAUGAUAUCGAAUAGUAGGCGUUUCAUUGCACCUCAUUUUCGAUUAUACAAAUUAUACAUGAAAUAAAUACAUCCACAUUCUGA